AUGGCAGAUCACCCACUCAGAGAAGGAACAUUGGAGGAGCGGCAGCAUGAAAUCGAACAUAUUCGUUCAUUGGAGCCAGAUUAUGUUGCUAAUCUGAAGCAUGGGAUUGUUCGAGAAGCCUACGAGCUGUUUCUGACACAUUUCGGGCCAAGUUCUAUUAAUGAUUUGAAAGCUGCAAUCGCACCAGGUCGAGUAAAUCUGAUCGGGGAUCACGUAGAUUACUGUGAUGGCUUCGUUCUUCCAAUGGUAGGUGAGCAGUCUAUUGAUAUGUAUAAGAUUUUUAUUUCUAAUGUUAUUAAUUUCUCUAAAGUCUCAAAAGCCAUUCCUCUAUACACAGCCGUGGUCGGUCGACCUGCAAAUGAUCAGUGUCGAGGCUUCACGAACGUCUUUUCUUCAUAUUUUGAAGAUCCAAUCACUUUUUACAGUGAUCCGUUACCUAGCGGAGUGAAAAGUGCAGAGUUAUGUCAACGUGUUGAGCACGAAUUUCUGAAUGUACCAUGUGGAAUCAUGGAUCAGUUCGUGAUUUCGUUUGCCGAAUAUGCACAUGCUCUUCGAAUUGACUGCAGGUCACUAACGUUUGAUUUAAUACCAAUGAGCAUAUCACACGAUGCAUUAUUUCUCAUUAUUAACAGUGGAGUUCACCACACUCAUUCUGGUGGUGAAUACGCAAAGCGACGGAAAACGGUCGAAAAAGCAUUAAGCAUAGAAAAAUAUCGCGUGUCUUGUCCAGAACUAGAUGAGUUAGUGUCUCUAGUUCUAUCAUGUGAUGGUGUUUUUGGCUCAAGAAUGACUGGUGGUGGUUUCGGCGGUUGUACAGUGUCACUUGUUCGGAAGGACAACGUUGAUGCUGUAAAGAAUUAUGUAAAGGUAUAUUACUUUCAUUUAACUCUUGUAUUAAAAGUAAGAUGA